AGUACCUCCCGCACCAUGCCCGGGCUCCGCACCGCGCCCGGGCCGCCCGCCUUCCUCCUCCUCCUCCUCCUCCUGCUGCUGCUCCCCGCUCCCGUCCCCGCGGACCCCGGCGCCGGGUGGCAACUGAACCCCGGGAGCCGCCGGGCCGCGGCGGCAGCGAGGGUGGCCCUGCAGUACCGCAACUUCAAGGCGGGAUCGCCCGGGGGGCUGCGGGCGCUGGGGCAGGUCCGCAAGGCCACCGUGAAGAACAUCCCAGACUUUGGGCACAAGUAUUACCUGCAGUUCAGCACAGAAGACUACAGGACUGGGGAAAACGCCGGGAGCUGCCUGGCCACGGUGUUGUAUCCAAGGAAAAAGUCUCCUCCUGUUGUCAGCAUCAAGUGCUCACACACCAAAGACCAGAAUGAAAUCCAGGAAGAGGACAACAGACUCUACCAAAGAAUCAGGCAGCAGACCAAACCAAUAACUGGGAGCAAUAUUCCAGACAGCUAUGGCAACAUUGAGCCUGCCCUGGAGCCAGCCUGGGCUCUGGCUGUCGCUGGCAGCAGCUCCAUCAUGUGGGAAAAGUCCACAGAGGACGUGGGAUACUUCCUGGCACAAGUGAAGUCGGUGAAGCAGUGGAUGAGGAAAGAUGAUUUUAUUGAGUUUGACUACACUGUCCUGCUCCACGAAAUGCCAACACAGGAGAUGAUUUCCUGCCACAUGCGCCUCACGUGGCUCCCCGGGCGGCCUCUGAAAGUGAAACACUUCUGUGCCUCCCAGAGCCACGAGCUGAAGGAGGGAUCUGGGCUGGGAUCGGGAUCAGCUGCUGGGCUCUCAGAGGAAAGGGAGGCCAACUUCUGAGGGAGAGUGUCAGAAUCCCUGGAUUCAGGGAGAAAAUCCUCGUGCUACCAGAGCUGGAGCCGGCAUCGGGUUUCCCCACAAGUCAGUGAUUGGGAUGCUUUCACUACUCUGUUCUGUGCCAAAAUUAUUUCCUGUCACUUCUCAAACUGCAAGACUCAACUUCUAGAGAGUUCUGCCUAAAGCCUUUGCUACUGCACAUAUACACAGAUGAACAUACACAGGUUGAUUUUAUGUCACUAAUUAACAGUUACGUAGAGUUUGUAAACAAAGUUAAUAUAUUUGGGUAAAAAAAUCUCCAGGAAAGUAUUAAUCUGUCACUAAGAAAUAUCUGCCUACUGAUUUUUUGGGUCAUUUUUCGGGAUGGAAUCAUGCUGGUUUUCAACUCACCUCUCCAAUAAACCAAAUACCAUCAACUCAGGGG